CGGGCGGGCGGCGGCGGCGGGGCCCGAGCCCGAGAAGAUGGCGGUGCGGAAGAAGGACGGCGGCCCCAACGUGAAGUACUACGAGGCCGCGGACACCGUGGCCCAGUUCGACAACGUGCGGCUCUGGCUCGGCAAGAACUACAAGAAGUACAUACAAGCAGAACCACCGACCAACAAGUCCCUGUCUAGCCUGGUUGUACAGCUGCUCCAGUUUCAGGAAGAGGUUUUUGGCAAACAUGUCAGCAAUGCACCCCUUACUAAACUGCCGAUCAAAUGUUUCCUAGAUUUCAAAGCAGGAGGAUCCCUGUGCCACAUUCUUGCAGCUGCCUACAAAUUCAAGAGUGACCAGGGAUGGCGGCGUUACGAUUUCCAGAAUCCGUCACGCAUGGACCGCAAUGUGGAAAUGUUCAUGACCAUUGAGAAGUCCUUGGUACAGAAUAAUUGCCUGUCUCGACCUAACAUUUUCCUGUGCCCAGAGAUUGAGCCCAAACUGCUAGGGAAAUUAAAGGACAUUGUUAAGAGGCAUCAGGGAACCAUCACCGAGGAUAAGAGCAACGCCUCCCAUGUUGUGUAUCCUGUCCCAGGGAACCUGGAAGAAGAGGAAUGGGUGCGGCCAGUCAUGAAGAGGGACAAACAAGUUCUUCUGCACUGGGGCUACUACCCUGACAGAGUUCUGUGGCUCUUUCUCCUGGCAGUCAACACUAAGAAGGACUCGGAGUCGGCCCCAGUCAAAGGAGGCACCAUGACUGACCUGGAUGAACAGGAGGACGAAAGCAUGGAGACCACGGGCAAGGAUGAGGAUGAGAGCAGUACCGGCAACAAAGGGGAGCAGACCAAGAACCCAGACCUGCAUGAGGACAACGUGACUGAGCAGACCCACCACAUCAUCAUUCCCAGCUACGCCGCCUGGUUUGACUACAACAGUGUCCACGCCAUCGAACGGAGGGCUCUCCCUGAGUUCUUCAACGGCAAGAACAAGUCCAAGACUCCAGAGAUCUACCUGGCAUAUCGAAACUUCAUGAUUGACACUUACCGACUGAAUCCCCAGGAGUAUCUGACAUCCACUGCCUGUCGGCGGAACUUGGCAGGUGAUGUCUGCGCUAUCAUGAGGGUCCAUGCCUUCCUGGAACAGUGGGGUCUUAUUAACUACCAGGUAGAUGCUGAGAGCCGACCAACCCCAAUGGGGCCUCCACCCACUUCUCACUUCCAUGUCUUGGCGGACACACCAUCGGGGCUGGUUCCUCUUCAACCCAAGACCCCACAGGGCCGCCAGGUUGAUGCUGAUACCAAGGCUGGGCGGAAGGGCAAAGAGCUGGAUGACCUGGUGCCAGAGACGGCUAAGGGCAAGCCAGAGCUGCAGAGCUCUGCUUCCCAGCAAAUGCUCAACUUUCCUGACAAAGGCAAAGAGAAACCAACGGACAUGCAGAACUUUGGACUGCGCACAGACAUGUACACAAAGAAGAAUGUUCCCUCCAAGAGCAAAGCUGCGGCCAGCGCCACCCGGGAGUGGACCGAGCAGGAGACGCUGCUGCUCCUGGAGGCUCUGGAAAUGUACAAGGAUGACUGGAACAAAGUGUCUGAACAUGUGGGAAGCCGCACGCAGGAUGAGUGCAUCUUGCACUUUCUUCGCCUUCCCAUUGAAGACCCGUACCUGGAGGACUCAGAGGCCUCCCUGGGCCCUCUGGCCUACCAGCCCAUCCCCUUCAGUCAGUCAGGCAACCCUGUCAUGAGCACUGUUGCCUUCCUGGCCUCUGUCGUCGACCCCCGAGUGGCCUCCGCUGCUGCCAAGUCAGCCCUAGAAGAGUUUUCCAAAAUGAAGGAAGAGGUGCCCACAGCCUUGGUGGAAGCCCACGUGCGGAAAGUGGAAGAAGCCGCCAAGGUCACAGGCAAGGCAGACCCUGCCUUUGGUCUCGAAAGCAGCGGCAUUGCAGGGACCACCUCUGACGAGCCCGAGCGCAUUGAGGAAAGCGGGACUGACGAGGCACGGGCAGAGGGCCAGGCAGCAGAUGAGAAGAAGGAGCCUAAGGAAGCACGAGAAGGAGCAGGAGCUGCCGAGGAGGAAGCGAAGGAGGAAGCCAGUGAGGCUCCCAGGAAGGAUGAAGAGAAAGGGAAGGAAGGGGACAGCGAGAAGGAGUCCGAGAAGAGUGACGGGGACCCGAUAGGUGAUCCUGAGAAAGAGAAGGAGCCGAAAGAAGGGCAGGAGGAGGUGCUGAAGGAAGUGGGCGGCGAGUCCGAGGGCGAGAGGAAGACGAAGGUGGAGCGAGACAUUGGUGAAGGCAACCUCUCCACCGCUGCUGCCGCCGCCCUGGCCGCUGCCGCAGUCAAGGCCAAGCAUUUGGCUGCUGUUGAGGAGAGGAAGAUCAAGUCUUUGGUGGCCCUGUUGGUGGAGACCCAGAUGAAGAAACUAGAGAUCAAACUCCGCCAUUUUGAGGAGCUGGAAACGAUAAUGGAUCGGGAGCGAGAAGCACUGGAGUAUCAGAGGCAGCAGCUCCUGGCCGACCGGCAGGCCUUCCACAUGGAGCAGCUGAAGUACGCGGAGAUGAGGGCCAGGCAGCAGCACUUCCAGCAGAUGCACCAGCAGCAGCAGCAGCAGCAGCAGCCGCCAACCCUGCCCCCAGGCUCCCAGCCCAUACCCCCAGCCGGGGCUGCUGGGCCACCCACAGCCCAUGGUCUAGCUGUGGCUCCAGCAGCUGUGGCCCCUGCUCCUGCUGGCGGUGGGGCCCCUCCUGGAAGCUUGGGCCCUUCUGAACAGAUCGGGCAAGCAGGGUCAACUGCAGGGCCACAGCAGCCACAAGCAGCUGGAGCCCCCCAGCCUGGGGCAGUCCCACCAGGGGUACCCCCCCCUGGACCCCAUGGCCCCUCACCGUUCCCCAACCAACAAACUCCUCCCUCAAUGAUGCCAGGGGCAGUGCCAGGCAGCGGGCACCCAGGCGUGGCGGCCCAGAGCCCUGCCAUUGUGGCGGCUGUUCAGGGCAACCUCCUGCCCAGUGCCAGCCCACUGCCAGACCCAGGCACCCCCCUGCCUCCAGACCCCACAGCUCCGAGCCCAGGCACAGUCACCCCUGUGCCACCUCCACAGUGAGGAACCAGCCAGCCAUCUCUCCCCCUCACUCCCCAUGGAGAUCACAGUUCCAGGAACAGCCCUCCCCCACUACUGGGACCCUCCCUCAGCCUGGAGAGUUCAUCACUACGUAAGGAAAGCUCCUCCUGCCCCUUCACCGUCCCCACCAUGCCCAGCAGAGGUGUGCAGUUUUAUAUCCAGUUCUUAACCAUGGACUUCUGACUAAAAGAUGUUUCUGAUGCCUGGGAGAGAGAAUAGGAUGGAGACGGUGCCUCAAAGGAAGGGGUAGGGAAAGAUGUUUAUAGAGGUUCUACUAACCACUUCCGAGGGUUUUUACCCCCUUCAGACUCACUGCAGUUUUGAAGUGGAUAACACGGAAACAGAGCCCUUUAAAAGGGAGGUUUUAAAAAGACGACACAUUGGAGCCCACAAAAGAUAACUUGGAGGGGAAAGGGCAGGUUUUAAGAGGAGUUAGGGUUUGAGGGUGAGCUGUGGGGAUGGAAUAGGGUACCAAGCCUGUCUCCCUGAGCCCCUUGGUAGUACUGAGUCAGCUCCCUCACCGGUUCCAGUUUAUUCACGCUAAUCCCUCCUGCCGCUUGUCAUUGCUGCUGUUCCAGGCCAGCCCAGCUCAGCCAAUGACCUUCCCUCUGGAUGUCAGCAUUGUGUUUGUUUUUAAAAGUCACCUGCUUAGUUGAUGUCAGCGUAUGUGUAUUUGGUGGGGAAGCAUAUUUUGGGGGGAUUCCGUGGUAGGUGUUAGAGGAAGAAAGGGCCACAGUUGGGGCUGUUCUUCCUGCUUUCCCUGGUCGUAUCUGUGAGUGCUUAGAAGGCAUGGAACAGGGAGCUCCAAGAGGAUGGGGAGUUUGUAAACCCUGACAAUUUGAAAAGCACUUAAGACCUACUUUUGACAGUGGGACACCGCUAACUUCUGCCCUCUCCACCAAGCCUGACAGGCCCUCACUGAUAGCUAGGAAUUCCCUCCCCAAAUGAGGACAAAGACUGGGCGCAGCGCAGCAUGGCUCUGCUCCCCACUGCCCCCCGCAGGACUCCAGGCUCCACACCUGCUUGGUCCUCCUGCCCAGUGUUUCUUUCCUCUGCAUCUUGGCACCUUCCUUCUGUUCAAAGUUUUCUGUAAAAGUUUCUUUUCUUUGUUCUUUUCUUUCUUUCCUUUCCUUUCCUUUUUUUUUUCUUUUUUUAUAAAUUAAUUUGCUUUCAGUUCCA